AUGCCACCUCAUCACAAGGUAUAAGCAAAUUCAUCGCCACCCCAAUCUCAAUCUACUUCACACCACUAGCAUGCCAAUACCCACACUCUCCCUCAACGACGGCAGCCAAAUCCCCUCUCUCGCAUUCGGCACCGGCACAGCGUUCUCCCGCCACCAAGACGCCCAAACUACUCUCGAAAGCGCCAUUAACAUCGGUUUUACGCACUUUGACGGUGCACAGCGGUAUAAGAACGAGGCCACCCUAGGAGCUGCUAUCAAAGCCUCCGAAUCCAGUGUCCCGCGUUCGGAGCUCUUCAUCACCACCAAGUAUGCGCCGCUAACUCCUGAGGAGACAGCUAAAACGGCGCUUUGUAAGUCGUUGGAGAAAUUGGGGUUGGAGUACGUAGAUCUGUAUUUGGUGCAUGCGCCCAAGGACCAUAUGGACGGGGGCGGGCUGAAAGGGGUGUGGAAGGUGAUGGAGGAGUGUAAGAGGGAGGGAUUGACGAGGUCUAUUGGGGUGUCGAAUUUUGGGGUGGAGCAUAUAUUGGAGAUUGUGGAGGGUGCACAGAUUUUGCCUGCUGUCAAUCAGCUCGAAAUUCAACCGUAUGUGUGGGAUUUCGUGAAGCCUUUGAUCGCCGUGCAUAAAGAGCACGGGAUCGUUACGUCCUCGUACGGUGGGCUUUCGGCUCUUUUUCAUGCACCAGGGGGACCGUUGGAUCCUGUCGUCGAGAAAAUCAGAGCACGGCUUGAGGAUACGCGGGGAAAACCUGUGACGAGCGGUCAAGUGCUCAACAAGUGGUUGCUGCAGCAUGAUAUUCUGGUCGUUACGACUUCGACGAAGGUGGAGAGGAUUGGAGAGUAUGUUGAUACAUGCGACAUUCCGGAGUUGACGGCUGAGGAGAUGGGGUUGAUCGAGGGUGCUGGGGCGGAGCGCCAUCAGUCAUUUUUUAAGAAUACUAAAUAUUGUUUGAAAGGGAUAUGAUGGUGUAGUCCGGUACUCUGUGUGUUAGUGCUUUUGCGAUUACUGGUAGAGAGAACAGACGGUAGUGAAGCGUGAAACGCAUGUCUUCUGGGAUCUCAACUUUAGCCCAGACCCCUAGUGCAAGCGAAGAGGUUAAGAUGAGGUGGAGAGGGUGUUGAUUGUUUG